GAUCCAUGAACACCACCUCAUCUCUUCUUACCCCAGAAAGGCUUCAGUUUCUAUACGCAUAGUAUAUAUUUUAGUUUAUCACCAACCAUUUCUCUCUAUAAAUCAGAGCCUUUUAAGUAAAAACAAUAGCUUUUCUCACAAUUCAGUGCUUUCUUUCGUUCUCUCUUUCUUCUUAAUUCAAUGGCUUCUUCUCUGCAGUCAUUGAAGUUCUUUCUAAAGUUUCUUGCAUUUUGCAUCAUAGCCUUCAGCAGUAUUAUUUCUCCAAUUUCAAUUCACGCCCUUAACAUUGGCAUUCAAACUAAUGCUGACAUCUCCUUGGAAAAAGAAUGCAGUAGAACAUGUGAAUCAAAGUUCUGUGCAGUUCCUCCAUUCUUAAGAUAUGGGAAAUACUGUGGAAUUCUGUACAGUGGAUGCCCAGGGGAACAACCAUGUGAUGGACUUGAUGCUUGCUGUAUGAAGCAUGAUCAUUGUAUACAACGUAAAAACAAUAAUUAUCUAAAUCUAAAAUGCAACGAGAACUUCCUGGACUGUGUGGCAAAGUUCACAAAAUCAGGAGCUCCAUCAUUCAAAGGCAAUACAUGUUCAGUUAAUGCUGUUGUUAGGGUUAUCACUGAUGUUAUUGAUGCUGCUGUUGCCGCUGGAAAAAUUUUCAAGAAGCCCUAGCUAGUAUUUUUAAAAGCAUUUUUCCUAUAUAUUCGUAAGAAAAAUGGGAAAAAGAGAGAAACAAAAAAGAAAAGUUAGUAAUAUCUUGUUUGUUCUUUUCUGAGUCA